GAAUCCUCACUGGCGUCUGCAGCACGGCGUUACCGAGGACCGGCUGCUACUGGUAGUUUCCUUGCAGAUAUACUGCUGUUCUUGAACAUCAUCCCAUUGAGAACCCCAGGGUAGUUCAGCCACCAGCAUGUCCAAGCACAAACUUAUUAUACUAAGACAUGGAGAGGGCCAAUGGAAUAAGGAGAACCGAUUCUGUAGUUGGGUGGACCAGAAACUUAACAACGACGGACUGGAGGAGGCUCGGAACUGUGGGAGGCAGCUCAAAGCUCUCAACUUCGAGUUUGAUCUUGUCUUCACAUCCAUCCUUAACAGGUCCAUUCACACAGCCUGGCUGAUCCUGGAAGAGCUGGGGCAGGAGUGGGUGCCUGUGGAGAGCUCCUGGCGUCUGAAUGAGCGUCACUAUGGAGCCUUGAUUGGCCUCAACAGGGAGAAAAUGGCUUUGAAUCAUGGUGAAGAGCAGGUAAGGCUCUGGAGGAGAAGCUACAACGUGACCCCACCUCCUAUAGAGGAGUCUCAUCCCUACUUCCACGAGAUCUACAGUGACCGGAGGUACAAAGUGUGCGAUGUGCCCUUGGAUCAACUGCCACGUUCAGAAAGCUUGAAGGAUGUUCUGGAGAGACUUCUUCCCUACUGGAAGGAAAGGAUUGCUCCGGAAAUCUUAAAGGGCAAAAGCAUUCUGAUAUCUGCUCACGGGAAUAGCAGUAGAGCUCUCCUGAAACAUCUGGAAGGUAUCUCAGACGAGGAUAUUAUCAACAUCACUCUGCCCACUGGAGUUCCGAUUCUGCUGGAGUUGGAUGAGAACCUGCGUGCCGUUGGGCCUCACCAGUUCCUGGGCAACCAGGAGGCCAUCCAGGCAGCCAUUAAGAAAGUGGAUGAUCAAGGGAAAGUGAAACAAGGCAAACAAUAAAGUGUGGCCAGGAACGAGUUUGGGGUGGCAUGCAGUGUGUUCCGAGCGGGCUUCUCCCCCUCCUCCGACGGGCCCCCUCUCCCUAAGUCUAGGCUGUGUGGUAGAGUUUGUGUAGGUAACUAGGUAAUUUAUCGUGGCCCAGACGUGACCUUCGAAUGCUGAAGAGCUUUGUCUGAAGCCUGAAUGAACUUUUCUGCUCCUCCCGUUUGAAUUAACUUUGCAAAGUAGUAGCCAGCGGGGGGAUUUGACCAGGGUGGUUUUGUGUUUUGGAGACAGGAGAGUAACAAGUGGAGAUGAAAUUGUUUAUCCUUAACAAGUCAUUGCAGAGUCACCACUGACAGGUGCUAUUCCAGUGAGCAGGUCACCGUUUUAUUCAAUAAUACUUCUCGAGAAGACUACUAGGUAGCACUUGGGCAGUUUAGAUCAGAGGCGCAUCGAAUGGCAGAGUCACAGGCGGGUCCGAGGGAAGGCAUCUGAGCGCCACAGUAGCACAAGGCCCUUUGAUGUCUAGCCCAGUGCCAUCCUGUCUGCCGUCAGUAGAAACCAACUUCAGCCAGUUAGAAGGACCAGGGUAUGCACAGUGGUAGCAGUUUAUAUCCUUCUGUUUCAUUUUUAACUUUUGAACUUUAAUCUUUGGGGACUUCACAGUUUAAAAUAAAGCUUUGUGACUGCAUACAACACGCGCAA